GGCAGGCAGGCAGGCAGGCAGGCAGGCAGGCAGGCAGGCAGGCAGGCACACGCACACGCACAUACACUCCCUCUGUCUCUCAUUCAACUUCACAACCUACCUCUCACAUUUCCCACCUUUUCCCCACCACCUCUCCCUCCUCACAACCCAACGCUUACCGCUCACCUUAUCUUCUAUGAGGCACGGGCAGGAACGGACGUAAGACUCUCGCACCUGUCUAUAAAUAACCAGUCACGCCAGUCCUCUCCUAGCAGCAGUUCGGUCUGUUCGGAUCUCCGAGGGGGAUGUGGUGAGGCGCCGGCAUGACGCAGGACGAGCAGGAGGAGAAGAGCCUGGAGGCGCCGCCGCCGUGCCUCUCGCCGCUGGAGCACGGCUGCGACGCUUGGUGGCGCUGGAGCCAACACCACAAGAGCCCUGAGGUGCGGCUGUACGCGCGGACGGCGCUCUUCCACCCGAACUGGUCGCACGGCACGGCCGCCGUGCGGGGCUCGCACGAUAUCCGUGGUGGCGUGCAUUACUGGGAGGUGCAGGUGUCGCAGCGGCUGUUCGGCACGGCCAUCAUGUUCGGCGUGUGCACGGCGUCGGCGCGGCUGCACGCCGACACGUUCGUGAGCCUGGUGGGCGAGGACGAGAACGGCUGGGGGCUGUCGCACAAGGGGCUGGUGUGGCACGCCGGGGUCUGGCGCCGCUACACCGAACCCUUCCGCGAGAACAAAGCCACCACCAUCGGCGUGCUCUACGACGGCGAGCGCGGCACCCUCGGCUUCUACAAGGACGAGCGCUGGCUGGGCGUCGCCUUCAGCGGGCUGGGCGACGUCACGGAGUCGCUGUAUCCUGUGGUGUCGUCGACGGCGGCCAAGACGGAGCUCACUCUCGGAACCACCCGCAGGGGCUGGGCCGGCCUGCAGGACCGCGCCCGCCACGCCCUUCUCUCCGCCCUAGCACACCCACACCUUCUCUACACGCUACCGCUGCCGCCCGCGCUGCGAACCUACAUCGAGGACGACCUGCCGCCCUCGAGCGCCAAUGGCAAGGACGUCCUCAUCCCCACUACCACGGGGCUCUCCCGCUCCUCCUGACCAAGCUCCAGGGAGUAGACGCCCCUCACCAACGAUGAUUCCGCACGUCCCCUUCCUACAUUCCACAUGGACCACCUACGCCUGCGCAAACAAUCAACAACGCACAUCUGAAACCGUCAAUCCCCGUCUCCUUAUAUUGCUUGAUAAAUACGAGGCUCUGAGCUCCUUCGGUGGGAGUGAACUCACUGUCGAUGUCUACCUAAAUGUCCACACGAUAGCACGCAGUUAUUCACACAAACGAUUGUUCCAUAACUACUCGCACACACACACACACACACACACACACACACACACACACACACACACACACACACACACACACACACACACACACACACACGCACAAACGCAGUAGCGUCGAGGGGGAGGGGGUAAAGGGAGCAACUACUCCGGGGCCGCAAAAUUAGUUGUCUCCAUAUAUCAUUUUACUGGAUACUUGUUAUGGUCCUUCUUUUCGGAUGAAAUGACAAAACAGUAAUUUUCAUCCAGAAUUUCAGUUUUAAUUUCUUUUGAGCGGGUUCAGGGUUGCCUUUCUCUAUCGCCUAUGUAAAAGGUUAACUCCUUUGCUUGACAAAGGGAGCCUGACAAAUCUGGCGAUUUUAAGUAUGUUAUUGGAAUUAACGUAUUGAUAGCAUUAUUAUUGUAAGUGAAUGUUAAUUUGAAAAUAUGGAGAAUUGAUCUCCAACAAGGCCCACGAAGUACAAACGAAAAUAUUAUGGGGGGAAGAAAACAUAAGGAAUCAUGAAGGGCCCGCACUCAUGAAUUAUACCGUGAUCCGACCCGGCUCCCGACGCCCCUGCACGGAAGUUCUGCCAGCAACAUAACCUCUUGACAUAUGUUUUCCAAAGAGUUUUUACAUCACCUCACAAUCUGGGCCAGAAAACUUACGUACAACAGGGAUCAAAAUAUUUUUUUUUCCUUUUUACUCCAAAAUAAUUUUAUAUUAAUAGGUGUAUUCCAUUAUUUUAUUUUAUUUUUCAUCUUACUAUUCAGCGGAAAUGGAUCAGAACAACGAAGUGUGUCAGAAGCCUAUUUUUAUACGCCUUUUUGUAUGGGCUUAUGAGGAGAAGGAUAUGGUUUGGCUUGAUGAUAAAGAUCCUAAUGACUUUGAUCUAGUAAAACCUCAUUAGUAAAUAUAGUAAAAAUAUCCUGAACGUUUUGCCUGUUGUCAUAUGACUUUUUGCGUACUGAAUGACAUUUAAAAUUAAUUGUGCAUUUGUAAAUCUCAAACAAGAAGGAAUGCUGUUUAUUUGAACAUGAAGACAUGAACUGUUGGGAGGGUGUUUUGAGAAGAACGGUGAAGCUUUUGAUUAAGAGAACGAUAUGUAAAAAAAAGUGUCCUAUUCCCUAAUUACAGACAUGCCCUCACUGAGUACAUAUUGAUAAGCAAAUAAACAAAUUGAAUAAAUAAAUUAAUAAACAAUUACAUAAGCUGCACAAUCCAGAUGAGAAUAUCAUGUUUCUUUUCUCAAGACUGCCAUUACCUCUAAAAGUCCAAUUUUUUAAGUAACGUUUUUUGUUCCACUCGAAGCAAAUCUGAAAAUACCUAUACAGUGAAGAAUAUGUGAACAGAGUAUGCUCACAAUAUGCAUACAAAUACUGUACAGAGCAAAUGUACUGUUUACAUGAACUACCAGUGACAUGCUAGCCAUUAAUUGCAUAUAUAGAACUUAGAAAUAUGUGCAUUCUGUAGUAACAGGGCAGUAGCAGCAAAAUGGUGGAAUCAAGAACCUCUAGCAGCAAAAUGUGAGUGCGACUACAGUGCUAUUACAUUUCUCCAAGGACUUUGAAAAAUCGCGUCCCAAGCGUUAAUAGUGAUUCUCAUUUGAUCUGCAAUUUUAUUUAUAUUUGCGACUCUUCUUUCACGUCUUUCUUUAAGAACUGUAGAUGACGUAGAGGGGGUACGAACCCAAGAUUAUUUUUCUUGCAUUUUCUUAAUGACUAUUGCAGAAAGUGCGAAUUAUUUUCCUUUUCGUUCUUUUUAACUUUACUUCUCUCUUUCUUCUUUGUUGUUUUAUAUGCAUUCGUUGCCAUAUAUAUAUCGUUACUGAUUUCUGAUUCAUAGGUAAAUCAAUGUGGAAAGUUAAUAUAAUUAUUUUCAUAA